AUGGAUAUGGCCAAUAAGUCUACCAUGUCUGAAUUUAUUUUACUGGGGUUCUCUAAUUCUUGGGAAGUACAGAUGGUUUUCUUUAUGGUGUUUUCACUGUUUUAUGUAGCGACAAUGGUGGGCAAUAGCCUCAUAGUCAUCACAGUAGUAUCUGACUCUCACCUUCACUCUGCUAUGUAUUUCUUGCUUACCAAUCUUUCUAUCAUUGAUAUGUCUCUUGCUUCCUUUGCUACUCCCAAGAUGAUUACAGAUUACCUGAUUGGACAUAAAACCAUCUCUUUUGAUGGCUGCAUCACCCAGAUAUUCUUUCUGCACCUUUUCACUGGCACUGAGAUCGUUUUACUAAUGGCUAUGUCUUUUGAUAGGUAUAUUGCAAUUUGUAAACCCCUGCGCUAUGCUUCCAUCAUUAGUCCCCAGGUGUGUGCUGCUUUUGUGGUAGCUUCCUGGGUUGUUGGGAUCAUGCAUUCCAUGAGCCAGGUCAUAUUUGCCCUCACACUACCAUUCUGUGGUCCCAAUAAGGUAGAUAGCUUCUUUUGUGACCUACCUGUGGUCUUUCAGCUGGCCUGUGUGGAUACUUAUGUUUUGGGCCUCUUUAUGAUCUCAACCAGUGGAAUAAUAGCUUUGUCCUGCUUUAUUCUUUUAUUUACUUCAUAUGUUAUUGUCCUGGUUACUAUCAAGCAGCAUUCUUUCAGAGGAUCAUCUAAGGCCCUUUCUACCUGUACAGCUCACUUCACUGUUGUCGUCAUGUUUUUUGGCCCAUGUAUAUUCAUUUACAUGUGGCCACAAAACAGCUUUGUGAUAGAAAAGAUCCUGUCUGUGUUUUACACCAUCUUUACUCCCAUUCUGAACCCAGUUAUCUAUACUUUGAGAAAUCAAGAAGUAAAGACAGCCAUAAAGAAACUCAAAAAUAGGUUUGUUAAUUCCAAUAAGGCAACCCCUUCUCAUUUAUUUCAGUUUUAG